ACCAUACAUGUGGAGGGGAAACCCGUUGGCUUCAUGGUAGAUACUGGCGCCCAACACUCUGUUUUAAAUAAAAAACUGGGACCAAUGUCUAAGAAAGCCAGCUUAGUGCAAGGAGCCACGGGGACAAAAAGAUAUUGUUGGACCACAGAAUGGAAAGUAAAUCUGGGGACCCACCAGGUGUCCCAUUCGUUUUUGGUGAUACCAGAGUGCCCAGCCCCUCUACUUGGAAGAGACUUGUUGACUAAAGUUAAUGCUCAGAUCCAUUUUGACCCCGGGGGAAUGUCAGUCACGGAUGGACUUGGACAACCGAUACAUGUCUUGUCCCUAGCCUUAAGGGAUGAAUACAGACUUUUUGCGCCUAAGCCCUCAGAGACCAUAGCACUAGAUGUACAACCGUGGGUCCAUAAAUACCCAUUGGCCUGGGCAGAAACAGCAGGAAUGGGACUAGCUAAACAGAGACAUCCGGUCGUCAUCGAGCUAAAGGCCGAGGCAAUUCCUGUGAGGGUGAGACAGUACCCUAUGAGCCAAGAAGCUCGGCGGGGGAUCACUCCCCACAUUCGACGGCUCAUGGAGGCCGGAAUUCUCAGGCGAUGCCAAUCCCCUUGGAACACCCCCUUACUGCCGGUGAAGAAGCCAGGGGGGACGGAUUACAGACCUGUCCAAGACCUGCGAGAAGUCAACAAACGGGUGAGUGACAUACACCCAACUGUCCCUAACCCGUAUACUCUCCUGAGCAGUUUACUGCCUGAGUACACUUGGUACACUGUGCUGGACUUGAAGGAUGCCUUUUUCAGCCUACCCCUGGCAGUCCAGAGCCAGGAGAUAUUUGCCUUUGAGUGGACUGAGGGGGAAGGCCAACCGGUAGUACAAUUAACUUGGACCCGCCUCCCACAGGGGUUCAAGAACUCCCCUACCUUGUUUAAUGAGGCUCUGAGUGAGGACCUCUACGAAUAUCGGGCUUGCCACCCAGAGGUCAUUCUGCUACAAUAUGUAGAUGACCUUAUGUUGGCUGGAACCACAGAGGAAGCUUGCAGCCAUGCCACUGGGGACCUAUUACAGACCCUAGGCAUCUUGGGGUAUCGCGCUAGCGCAAAGAAGGCACAAAUAGCCCGGCAAGAGGUCACCUAUUUGGGGUAUAAGAUCAGACAGGGGCAAAGGUGGCUAACCCAGGCCAUGAAAGAAACAAUAUUGCAGAUACCAGAGCCCAAAAACCCUCGCCAGGUGAGAGAGUUCCUGGGGACUGUUGGAUAUUGCAGACUGUGGAUUAUGGGGUUUGCUGAGAAGGCCCGGCCCUUAUAUGAGGGAAGUAAAGAGACCCCAAAGUGGACUUGGACUGAGCCAAUGAAACAGGCUUUCCAGACACUCAGACGGGCCCUACUAGAAGCCCCAGCCCUUGCCCUGCCUAACCCAAAUAAGUCAUUCCAGCUGUUUGUAGAUGAAAAGCAAGGAAUAGGAAAGGGGGUCUUGACUCAACAAUGGGGACCAUGGAAGCGGCCGGUAGCAUACCUUUCGAAGCGAUUAGACCCGGUGGCCGCUGGGUGGCCCCCUUGCCUUCGCAUCAUUGCAGCUACAGCCCUCCUCAUCCACGACGCUGACAAGUUGACGUAUGGACAGCAACUCUCGGUUUACACCCCCCACGCAGUGGAAGGGGUUUUAAAGCAGCCGCCGGGUAAGUGGAUCUCCAAUGCCCGCUUGACACACUACCAGGCCUUGCUGCUCGAUGCCCCACGGGUGCGUUUUCAGACCCCUUGCUCCCUAAAUCCGGCCACGCUCCUACCCAACCCAGAGAAGGACAGCCCUCUCCAUGAUUGCAGUGAGAUACUGGCUGAGGCCCUGGCGGCACGAAGAGACUUAACUGAUGUACCCCUAAGCAACAGUGAGCUAGUAUGGUUCACCGAUGGGAGCAGUUAUGUAAAAGAUGGGCAAAGGAAGGCGGGAGCCGCCAUAGUUGAUGAUUCAGGGCGGACGAUAUGGGCUGAGACACUACCCCCAAACACUUCUGCACAAAAAGCAGAAUUGAUUGCCCUAAUACAGGCUCUGGAGCAAGCCAAAGGGAAGAGAGUCACCAUUUUUACUGACAGCCGAUAUGCUUUCAGCACUGCCCAUAUUCAAGGUCCCAUAUACCAAGAAAGGGGAUUUCGGACAGCUGAGGGAAAAGAGGUCAAAAAUCUGCCUGAGAUUCGCAGGCUCUUGGAAGCUGUCCAACUACCCCGGGCAGUAGCUAUAGUACAUGUCCCCGGUCACCAGAAGGGAGAAGACCCUAAGGCGCGAGGCAAUCGUGCUGCUGAUGCGGCCGCUCGAGAAGCGGCUAGCCGGGACUAUGCCGCCCCCAUAUUAGCCGUGGGCCUUCCACCCCCUGGUAUGGGGACCUUGCCACCAGUUCCCGAAUAUUCCCUCCCUGAUCUCGCCUGGAUCAACAAGGAUACCACCCUCCAGAAAGAUGACCAAGAUGGAUGGUACCGAGACCAAAACAACAACCUGAUCUUGCCUGCCACCCUGGGUCGUCACCUGUGUGAACACCUGCACACAACUACGCACUUGGGAGAAAAAAAGACCCUAACACUUCUCCAGAUGGCCUGCCUGAGGUUCCCUCGACAAAAUGCAACUGUACGAGAGAUAAUUCAAGCCUGCGAAGCGUGCCAGCUGAUGAGGGCAGAGAAGAAGCAGCACUCGGGAACGAGGUACCGAGGGGAAAAGCCAGGGCAACAUUGGGAGAUAGAUUUCACCGAGGUAAGGCCAGGCAAGUAUGGGUACCGCUAUCUGUUGGUACUGGUAGAUACCUUCUCAGGGUGGGUAGAAGCUUUCCCCACUAAGGGAGAGACAGCAAUAGUGGUUGCUAAAAAGAUCUUAGAGGAGAUAGUGCCUAGGUAUGGGCUGCCAGUGACUAUGGGCUCUGAUAAUGGACCUGCCUUUGUGAGCCAGAUUGUACAAGGGCUGGCCCAAGCUCUGGGGACGAAAUGGAAGUUACAUUGCGAAUAUAAUCCCCAGAGCUCAGGACAGGUUGAGAGAAUGAAUCGGACCCUAAAAGAAACUUUGACAAAGUUGGCAAUAGAGACUGGCGGGGACUGGGUGACCCUCCUCCCCUUUGCACUCUUUUGGGCACGUAACACCCCUUAUAAGCUGAAUCUUACUCCUUUUGAGAUUCUGUAUGGAAGACCCCCUCCUGUGUAUCCUAUUUUCGAAGGAAAAUGUCUGCCACCCCCUACUUUGGGACAAUUCCAGCAAACUCUGAUAGCAUUAAGUAAGGUGCAUAACCAUGUUUGGAAAUUGAUUCGAGAGAUGCAUGAGGGCCAAAACAAGAGGGCCCUCCCCUCACAUAAUAUUGGCCCAGGUGAUUGGGUUUGGGUAAAACGACACCAAUCUAAAGUAUUAGAACCUAGAUGGAAAGGCCCUUAUGUUGUUCUCCUUACCACUCCUACCGCUGUCAAGGUCGACGGGAUUGGACCCUGGGUUCACUGCAAUCACGUGCGGCAAGCUACAUCGGAAGAACAGGAAAAAGCGCGAGCAGAAUGGAAGGCGAGUCCUCACCCGUCAAAUCCUUUGAAACUGAAACUCGUCCGCUGGGAGGCCUCCUAAUUCUCCUGCUGAUA